AUGGCAUCUACUAUAACUCAAAGUCAAAUUGAAGGAAUAAACGAAUUAAAGAGCGGCAGAAUUAUCUGUAAAGAGUACGGAGUCAGUAUAAAAGGACUAAGAAACUUGCGAGAUUUUAGAUACCGAUUAGAUUUAUUUAGAAAAAAUCAAACAGUGAGGAAUUAUAAAGACUCCAACUCUUACAAAAGGAUCAAAAACGCCAUUAUCAAAUUUGAAGAAAUAAAGAUACAGUUAAUCAGUAUAUUAGAAACAGCAAAUCAGCUUAUCUUUCAAAAAUUAGAACCAGAGAUUGCUAAUAUAGUCAAUGCAAAUGAUGAGCAUCGCCACUAUCUGCAAAACAUAGGCAAAUAUAUUAGCAAAUUACGCGACAUGGAAUAUCCAAUACUUGUUGCAGGAGAAGUAAGCGCUGGAAAGAGCAGCUUUAUUAAUUUAAUCCUAGGCGAAUCCUUGCUAACUGCCAGUCAUUUGCAUUCAACAACAUGUAUAUGCGAAUUAUAUUAUUCGACAGAUGCUUGCAUAAAGCCAUUUGCUUGGAAUCCAGUUAAUAAAAAGUUGGAACAAUUAGAACAAAUAACUCAAAUUAAAGAUGCUCACGAUAUGAAAUCAAAGAUUAAAGAAGCCAUGAGAUCGAUAGGCAAGAAAAAUUUUUUCACAAAUAUAGCAGAUGAUGAAUCUGCUGAUGAGGAUUCGGAUGAUACACAAUUAACAACUGGAAAGCUCGAAAUUUAUUGGAAUUUUAAUUUUUUAAAGGCCGGUAUAUUCGUAGCAGAUAGCCCAGGAAUUGGGGAAACAUCUUUAGCAAAUCAGCAAAUCGAAAAGUACUUACCCAAGGCAUGCUCAAUUAUUUAUGUCAUCAAUUCUGCAAAUGCUGGUGGUAUACAUACAGAUCGACUUGUGAGACUUACUAGCACAAUGAGAAAUGUAGAGAAGGAAAAAUUCAACAAAUUCUCUCCGGAAUCAGCUAUUUUUAUCUGCAAUAAAUGGGAUGAGGUCCCAGAUGCAGAAAAAAGUACGGUUGAAAAAGACACUAAAGAUAAGCUGAAAACAAUUUGGCCUGGAUUUCGCGAUUCACAACUAUUAUUUUUAUCAACUGAGGAGACACAAAGUCAUUUUGAAGCAGGAUACAUAUCGGACGAUUUGGUAGCAGUUUAUUCACUUAUUUCUCAACUAAUAGAAGACAGUCUGAAGAAGAUAACAUUGAUUCAUAGCAGGUAUCGGGCGUUUUUUAAUUAA